ACAUCUUGUUUUACUAGCAGACGAUGCUGACGAUUCCAAAGGAAAGGCUGGUCACAAAUACGUACUUGUACAACACAAGUCAAUUUAAAAGACCAUUAUAAGUGAUAUCAAAAGCUAAUGGAACCUGUUAGUGAGCAAGAAACUGAACCAGACUGGUGUCACAGAACUAAGCAAAAUUUUCACAGUAAUGUGUCUGAUACUAUUGAGGAGGUUGUGUCAAAGUAUCCGCUACCUUCCGUUCUUGCUUACAAACGGGAGAGCACUGUACCCACGAGAGACAUCCAAUUGUUGGAGACCAGACUUGCGAGGUUAAAGCUAAAAAAGGCACUACAUGCACAGAAAGAGACUAGUCAGUCGAUGGCACGGAUUGUUCCAACCAUGUCAGGAUAUGACAUGGCCGUUUACAAUGACUUGUUCCAGUCAACCGUCAGUAGCGGGGGAACAACAGUGAUGCAGUUUAUGCUCUCAAACAUGUUGACUAAGGAAGGGCUACGUGAGAAAACACCUGAUGAAGAGGUAGAAAAACCAAAGAUUUUGACAUGGACCAUGCAAGACAGUGGCACAGCUUUUCCGUUAAUCUGCAAUGCAUUGGGAGGACAUAUCAAUGACUAUAAUGGCUCAGCAACAAGGGUGUGGAACUGGCCAGCAGCAGGAAAACUGAGAAGCAGGGUGUACCUACAGCUGAAUGAAUUCAUGAGUGUCUCCUGUGAAAGCAGUGCACACAUGACUGUGCUGUUCUCCUGCCAAAAUGAGAAGCUCAGUUUCAGUGUUGGCUGGGAGGAGGAGGUUACCAAAUCUGGAUGUAGAAUGCAAGAUGACGAAAGACACAAGCUACAUUUUGGGAGCGAACUGUCAUCAAAGACAAGGUCACACAUCCCACUGUCAACUGUCGUGCUGGCUGCACAGUUGGAGAGCCAUAAGGACAUGAGAAGCAGGAGCAGUAGAACAAGUAGUACCAAGCCCUUGGGAAAAGCAGUUAAACAGCUACCUGAACAGCCAGGUUUUACGCCUCUAUGCCACUUUGGGCCGGAUUUAUCUGAAGAACUCUCCAAUUUACGGGAACAAGUGAGCAUCAUUGUGAAGUGCUGGGCUCAGUUCUACAGGGGAGUAGUUGGCAUUGCCUCGUCUGCAAAACCAGACUGCUCAAAUGCCAAUCUGAGGGCAGGCACAUUGUCCCGGAGUUACUGUGCGAGACCACGGUCUCCCAGCCAUCUAGCUAGGUCAGCUAAGCGAAAGGAGAUCGUGCACAAACGACCCAAAACAGCACCUGCUGGUUGCCUUCCAUCUGCACAUCGGUCAGCAUAUGGCGGUGGUGGUAGUUGGUCUGUGCAUGGCAUGAUGGGGCAAAGGCAGCCUCUGCUUGGCACCUGCCCUGUUGUUCUCCGCACUAAACUGCUGGGGAAUAAUACAGAUGGAAUGAAGUGCAAGUGUAGCCGAAUACACAUUCCAUUCCUCAUGGACAUAGAAUACACAGAGUUCAUCCGGAAUGGAAUGCCAGUAGAGCAACUGCUAAUCGUGCAAGUAAUCGACAGCAGGUGUCAGGCUAACACUAACGUCGACCGCAUGCUGACCGAAAAGUAUCACGCCGCGAACAAACUACGCUUCCAGCCCUGCAUGGAGUCUACCGACCAGCUGUACAGAUUGGCACGGUACGACAUGGCCGUAGCAAUGCAGAGUACAGAACACACCGAAGCCUUACUGCACAGAGUACACAACGUCAGGCCUGGCACAUUCCUGAUGUACCUAGCUGGAAGACUCGUCUUCUGUGACUACAUGUUCAAUGGCUACGGUGUAACAUGUCGAGACUUCGACAAGCAGCUCCGGAGCACUCUGGCGGCAGCUUCUGCGGGCCACCAGCUCCCCGCCAACUUUAAGUUUAGUAUGAACUCAUCUCAGCCGUGUAGCACCAGUUGGGACAGGCAACCUCGAUGGAAAGACGACCGCACUGGUUAUAACAACAGAAGACGUCCAAAAUCCAUUGUGCUAUGAAGGAAAACAAGAGAAGACAGAAGACGUCUAAAAUCCACUGUGCCAUGAAGGCUACUACAUAAAGCAUUGUAGUAGAAGUACUGCGGCAACUAAUGUAUAAAUUAUAUUUGGUAACAUUAUAAAUGAUAAAUAAAUAACAUUUUAAAGGACACCACAUUUUAAAAAAAAAUGUGAAAAAAGAUUGUUAGUGUAGGGAAAAUCAGUAUAAAUUAAAGUGCGUUUUUUAAUUGUUUAUAUUUUAGUACGUGUUUCAAUUUUCAUUUCAUUAGGUACAUGCUGUGGUAUUGUGAAGACAGCUAGUUUUCCGAGUUUUCAUCAGGAAUAUAAUUUGUGCAAACAACAAA